AUGCCCCACUUCGAUCCGGAGGAUGAAUUCCUCAGUACAAACUCUCAUUUUUUGGCUCCUUCUGCGGCUUCCACUUCAAGGAAAUCGCCCUCGCGACAACCUCUUAGCUCUCGCCGUUCCGCCGCUUCUCUUCGAGGACCUUCGAGCCUAGCACAUGUAAUCGACGAUGAUUCGACUAAUGGCAGGCAUCAUUCACUCGCGCACGAGCUCGCUGUGGCAUUGAUGCCUGAGCCCAGUGCAGGCUCCAAACUGUUGGCGGAGGAGUUCGGCAUUGAAUUCGACGAAGGGGCAGAGGGGAUCGACGAAGUGACCGCCCAUCACGAUCAGCUCAAUGGGAUGGCAAUUGAAGUGACAGACGUCGGUAUCCCCACAUUUGCGUCGGAACUAGCAUCAUCGGCGGCGAGCGACGCGUCUCUACAUGAUUUCCCGGCAGAAGAGGACGAACCGCCGAAUGGCCAUGAAAUUGAUCCUGUCUUUAAUAGUCCUCCCGUUUCGAGGAAGGCUCCAGUCAAUAAGAAGCCAGAGCAGGAUGCCAUGGAGGUCCUGGCUCAGGACCUUGACUCAACAGAUAAAUUUCUGAGUCACCUACGGUCAAUCGACGUUGAUCCAGGUACUUCCGCAUCACAUCCGACAUUAGAGAAACUGGCAUCCGAUGUCAUUCGGCGGAUUAAUGUAUCGGUUAGAGACAGAGAAGGCCACGUUCGCGAGCUAUUGGAAUAUGAAAGGGAGUUUAAGAAGAUUGCAGGCGAAGUCGGAGGAAGCGACAUCCUUGGUCAAUUGGACGAAUUGACCCAUGUAGAAGAUCUUUUGGAAAGUACUUUCAGACCAGAGCCUAUAAGGUCAGACAGCAGGCACUUAGAUACUGUCGAAGAAGAACCACGUUCACCGACAACACACCACACCAUUGCAUCCGACUGGGAGCUCGAUCCCGAUGUUCACCAUCUUGGCGACGAGGACGGGAUCUCGGAACCCGCUACUUCACCAAUAAAAGACUCCUUCCAUAACGCCCCUUCAAUCAACGGACCUCCUACACCGGCGACUACGGUAGCCCAACUCACACAUCUGCGCUCUUUCACAACCUCUCUGGUAUCUUCGUUGACAACUAUAUCUGAACAAGCGCAAGUUAAUGGCGCCGCAACAACCGAAGCUGGUAGGAAGAUUCGCGCCCUAAAGAACAAACUUGGAGGGUGGCGAACGGAAUGGGAUAGUGCUGAACGAAGCCGCUUGAAAAUAGAAAGAUGGGAGGCAGGUAUCAUCGAUGGUGAAGGCGCCGAGGAAAGCGUUAUCCCUAACUCGCCUAGUGGACUGGUUACAAAGCGCGUGGACGGUAGAAAAAUUGUAGAGGAACAUCUACGCGCCUUUGAACUCGCUCUGGCGGAGGCGGCACUGAAGACCCAGGCAAUCAUGGCCAGAUAA